GGCAUAUCCCCUCUGGCCUCAUCUGCCACCCCGACAAGGAGCACGUUCUCUAUCCCCUGGGAUGCACGGUGAUUAUUCAAGAGCUGGACACCAGGAAACAGGCUUUCUUGCACGGCCACACCAAUAAUGUCUCCUGCGUUGUCGUGUCGAGGAACGGGGUGUACGUUGCUUCUGGACAGGUCACUUUCAUGGCCUUCAAGGCAGACAUCAUCCUGUGGGAUUUCCAGAAGAAGGAGUUGCUUGCUCGGCUGUCACUUCAUAAGGGUAGAAUUGAAGGACUGGCGUUUUCUCUAAACAACCUUUACCUCCUGUCCCUGGGAGGCCAGGAUGACGGCAGCGUGGUUGUGUGGCACGUGGAGAAGAGAGAGGCUGUCUGCGGGAGCCCUGCCUCGGCACGCAGCGCAGGCAAUGCCACCGUCGUGGCGUGCUCCAGCUGCAGGGACGAGAUGUUUGUCACUGCUGGGAAUGGGACCAUUCGAGUAUGGGAACUGGAUCUAGCAAACAGGAAAAUCCACCCAACCGAAUGCCAGACAGGACAACUGAGGAGAGUGAUCACGUGUAUUAAGAUGACAGAUGAUGAUAAUUAUUUUUAUGCUGGCACCUCGAGCGGUGAUAUCCUGCGAGUGAACACAAAGAGCAAGAUGAUGACUAACUAUGGGCCCCAGAAGGAAAAAUUUAGCUUGGGAGUCACAGCUUUGCUUCUGCUGAAGACGGGAGAUUUAAUAGUCGGCACCGGAGGAGGGGUUGUAGCUCUCUGUAAAGCCUCCAACUACAAAGUGAUGAAGAAAAUUCAAGUUCAAGGUGCUGUCACUUCCCUGACUUGUCGAGGUCAGGGUCACCAGUUCUUUGUCGGGACAAACGAGUGCCAGAUUUAUCGAGUUAACUACACCACGUUUAAAGAGGAGCUGAUCGCUACCUGUCAUAAGGAAGCUGUUCACGAUGUUGUUUUUCCUUUGGGAACCUCAGACUUGUUCGCUACCUGCUCCAAAAAUGAUAUUCGGGUGUGGCACACCCCAGAAAACAGGGAGCUCCUACGAAUUGUCGUCCCCAACGUCACCUGCCACGCCAUAGAGUUUAUGAGGGAUGGCAAGAGCAUCAUUUCAGCUUGGAAUGACGGGAAAAUCCGUGCCUUCCUGCCAGAGAGCGGACGGCUGCUGUAUGUGAUUAACCAUGCCCACAGCCUGGGAGUGACGGCGAUUGCUGCCACAAGCAACUGCAAACGGAUCCUUAGCGGAGGGGGCGAAGGGCAGGUGAGAGUCUGGGAGAUUGGUGAGAGGUCUCACAAACUGGCGGAGAUCCUGAAGGAGCACGUAUCUGCUGUCUCCUGCAUUAAGAUCAAGAAGGAUGACCAAGAGUGUGUCACAGCCAGCCUUGAUGGAACGUGCAUCAUCUGGGAUAUUGUGCGUUUUGUAAGAAAGCAAAUGCUUCUAGCCAACACGUUGUUCAAAUGUGUGUGUUACCACCCUGAAGAGUACCAGCUAAUCACCGGUGGAACAGACAGAAUGAUUGGAUACUGGGAGGUAUUUGACGGCUCUGCAAUCCGAGAAGUGGAAGGGUCUGCCUCGGGUUCCAUCAAUGGGAUGGACAUCACAGCAGAUGGGGCAUACUUCGUCACAGGUGGCGAUGACCAUCUGGUGAAACUGUGGAACUAUAACGAGGGUGCGGUGACUCACACCGGAGUGGGCCACGGUGGCAGUAUCGCCCGUCUCAAGAUCUGCCCCGGGAACAAGUACAUCGUGAGCGUGAGCGCAGACGGAGCCAUCCUGCUCUGGAAAUACCCCGACUCACACUGA